GUCUUGUUGAGGCCUUCAACCUUAUCUUGGGUCUCAGGAUUGCACCAUAGCGCGCGGUAGACUCCACGAUAUAAAAUGGUAGGUUUGUCAGCCUAAGAUGUGCCACAAACGCCAAUUGAGGAGGCUGGCGUUUGAGCGGGUAUUUAUCUAGACUUCGCAUUCCAUCGUAGCCCAACCCUCCGUGGACCUCAAUUCAUCAACAGCAGAACCAUGUCAGUCACGAAGCCCAUCCUCAUUUCAGGCUCCGGUCUUGCUUCUUUGCUACUGGCUCAAUCUCUCAAGCAGUCCAAGAUCCCUUUCAAGAUUUUUGAGCGCGAUGAAUCUUUCAUCUUUCGCGCCCAAGGGUACAGGCUCCGUCUUUCAGCGGAGGGCCUUGAUGCUAUUGAGUCUGUUCUCGAUAAGAAGACAUGGCAGCAUUUCUGGGAUGCCUGCGGUAAGACGGGCGGUGGUGGAUACCGGGCAUUCGAUGCAGUCACUGGAGAACAGACUGAGCAUGUCGUUGGAGAGAAUCUCUUGUCGCGAGAUGGAAAGAUUGUUGGAAUUGCGAGAGGAGAUAUGCGAAGGAUCUUUGCAGAGGGUUGCGAAGACUAUGUUGAAUGGUCCAAGAAUGUCACAGGCUACGAAUUAACCGACGAUGGUGUUCGCGCCAUCUUCUCCGACGGAACAAAGUCCAUCGAAGGAUCCUUACUCGUCGGAGGUGAAGGAAUCUACUCCAAGGUUGCGAGACAAGUCUCGGGCGGAAAACUAAAGGUCUACGACACUGGCGCCAGAGGUAUUCACGGCCAAGCUCCGACAACAGCAUUCAAGCAGCUCGGCGAGGGAGUCUUCCGACUACGCGACGAUACACGGCCCGACGGCCACGCCUUUCUCAUGACAAACGUUCGCUCUGGAGAUAUGGAUAACCCAGAUGUGAGUUUUGGCUGGACCAUGGGCGGAGCACCAGGUGUUAUCCGCGCGCCGAAUGAUAACUACGCGAUUGUCGGAAAGGUCGCUGCCGAUAUCGCAAAGUCAAUUGCUCAAGACUGGCACCCAAAGUUCAAGCCUUUGUUCGACAACAUGGAUGAGGGCGAAGCUGCGUUCUGGAAAAUUACCUGCUCAACGCCAUCGGGUGUACCAGAAUGGAAGAAUGAGCCGCGUGUGACGGCCAUUGGCGAUGCAGCUCACUCAAUGACGCCUGCUGGCGGACUUGGCGCUAAUACAGCUGUUCGAGAUUCAGCGCUGCUUGGAAGAUUGCUGCGUGAAGCUGGCGGGUACAGUCCUGGUGUCACCGCUGCUUAUGAGAAAGAGAUGAGGGUCUAUGCUAGUGAAGCGGUUCAUCAGAGUUAUUCCAUGGCUGCCGGAGGUUUUGGGAUCAAUAUCGAUGAGGAGAGGACCCCAAUUGUCUGAAACGUUAAUUGAGUGCGGGGUUUUAUGUUUACGAGCGGUUACGUCAUGACGUCAGAUGAGAUUCCCCUCGCUUCAAGAGCGAGAGAACAAUUAAUACAUCUUUAAAAGAACAAGAAAUAC